AUCAAAGCAAAUGUAUUUUUGGAACUAAACCUCCUCUGCUCUGCUCUCCCCGAAAAUAAAUCCCUAACCCACAAAUUCGAUUCCUUAUCGCCAUCGAAGCCUAGUUCGCCUGCCCUGCUACGAUUAAAUUCUCGACCACCAUCAAAAUCCUCCAUUAACAACAAAUCCUUCUACUUCUUCGAAGAAAACAAAACCUAUUCGUUGAAUCGCUGCAAUACGUCAUCGCUGCUUGCGGCUAUCAUGGCUCCGUCCCUCGCCGACUUGGGUGGAUUCAGAUCUUUGAGGAUUGAUUCCUGGAAAAGCUUGAGCCUCUUCUUUCUUUUGAUCUACUUCGGCCCCAAUGUUGAAUGCUUGAAGAAGAAAGAGUUCUCUUACAGACAUUUGGCACAGUUGAGGAUGUUGAAGUUCCUGAUGCAAUGCUGCCACAUACCAUUCAAUCAGUUGAAGCAAGUUGAUGAGAUAAUUAUGGAGACAGCUGCUGAGCCAUUGGUAGAUGGUUCUGCUGUUCCAGAUGAUGAAUUGAAACUAGUGGUGACCGCAUCUCAUUUUCCUCCGGAUUUCCAUCAGUGCUUAUCCAGAAGAGCUGUGUGGGGAAGAAGAGCAGCUGAAGUUACUGGUUGAACUACUUAAGUUCUUAAGUGGCAGCCUUGCUUUUGAUUUAAGUAUGAAAGGAAUCAGCUACAGAACAAAUGCCCAAAAUGGCCUUGUUCAAUCUAACUGUGAUAAGCAUCACACUUAAUCAAUUGUUUGCAUGUUUUAUUUUUGUUUUAGCUUAAAUUUCUUACUUCCCUUCUGUCUUAUUUUCUAGGUUUUGAUUCUAGUCGAGGGGAGAGGAAGAAUGGGGCUACCGAUCUUUGGGAUACAACAACAAUGAAAGAAAAUCGACCAUGGGAUACUGAAAGCGAGAAGAUCUAGCUACCAGGUUUUGGAGGAGAGAGGAUACAGGUGGUAUCCUUUAAACUCAAAUUAGACUAGUUUAAGGGGUUUUAAAGUCAUAAAUAAAUGUGUAAGCAUGCUUAAUGAUUCUGUAACUUUAUUUUGCUUUGGAGAUUACCUAACUCCUUUGCAUGCAGAUGAUGAGGGCAAUCUUUCGUGGCUGGUAAUUUGUGGUCCAGGUUGUGUGACGACUGACGAUUGAUUGAUUCCUAUACUUCCUUCGCAUUUUGAUAAAGCCAUGGAUGUGUCCAGCAAAAGCAUUGAUAUAGCCGCUAGUGAACUUAUUGAUGUUGCGAAGCCUGGUGAAGGUUUGCUACAAUUCCAUCUAUACCAUUUACUGGAUGUGAAUACCACCGACUAUUAGGGAAGCUUUAGGUGCAUUAGAACUUCUUACUCAUGUUAAAUGAGUAUGUAGUCUGCUGGAACUUCUUCUGAUUCCUCACUAUUCUUUCGAACUCGUCAUUUUUUUAGGUCCUGCUACAUUGAAAUAAAGAGUUCACUUCACCAGCAGCAGUGGAUGGUUAACAUCCAGUGCAUGAUUUGGGUGAUUCAGAAGAAAGCGAGGGUUGAUCCUGCUAGAUCUUUAUCUUUCACAUUUUGAAUUUUUUUGCAAAUUUUUGGUUGUUGAGUUUCAAACAUGUACAAUCAUGUAUAAUGUUAAAUGUAAUUAACUGGUGCAGUUAUGUGGUAUGGAUAAUAGUUAAUGUCACUUUUAAAAGUUAUAAUUGAAGUUGGACAGCAGGGAUCGAUGGUGGUCAGGAAAAAUUGCAGCAGUUGUGGCCCCUGCAGGAACCGACG